UGGAGAUCCAACAACUUCCACUGGAUGCUUGAGGAGCUGCAGUGUCUGAUUCUGAGCUGUGAACUUAGAAAUGCCUCUGAGGAAAGCUGUGAUCGUUCCAGGCAACGGUGCAGGAGAUGUGGAGCACUGUAACUGGUAUGGUUGGGUCCACAAACAAAUCAAUAAGAUUCCAGGUUUGUCCUGCCAGUUAAAAAACAUGCCAGAUCCAGUGACAGCCAGGGAGAGCAUAUGGCUGCCCUUCAUGGAGAAGGACCUGCUGUGUGAUGAAGAGACAGUGAUCAUUGGCCACAGCUCUGGAGCAGCUGCUGCUAUGAGAUAUGCUGAGACCCACAGGGUAUUUGGCAUCAUCCUGGUGGGCGCCUACACCUCAGACCUGGGAGAUGAGAAUGAGAGGGAGAGUGGAUAUUUCAGCCGGCCAUGGGAAUGGAACAAGAUCAGAGCAAAUGUGAAGCACAUUGUUCAGUUCGGAUCCACAGACGAUCCCUUCCUACCUUGGGGGGAGCAGCAAGAAGUAGCAGACGGACUGAAAGCAGACCUUCACAAAUACACAGACCGUGGACAUUUUCAGAAUACCCAUUUCCCAGAGCUCAUUGACUCUGUGCAGAAACUGACAAAAGCUGACUGAGUAUGUCACAGAGGCUGCAAUUCCAACAGCAGUAAUAGUAAGCAUGAAACAAUCUCAUACAACAGUACCCAAAAAUAAAAAAAUAAUAAAUUUAA